CUGUUGGAAAUAGGGAUGGCAAUGGUCGGGUUGGGGCGGGUUUUGUCAAACCCAAACCCAUGGGUUUAUCCGCCAAAAAAAACCGGGGUAAAACCCGAUGGGUUUGAAAAACUCAAACCCAACCCAACCCGCUGGGUACCCGCGGGUUUUUGUGGUAAAAAAUUUACAAUAACAAGUUUCUUUCAAAAUAAAAGUUUAACAUUAAUUUUCUCAUACAAAUUAUUCAUACAAAAAACACCAAUCUAGAGCAUACAAGCAAACCGCAAAUGAUCAAUACAAAUUGUUCAAAAUUAAAGAUAAACAUCUAUAAACAAUAAGAUUAAUUGAAAGCUUCUUACUCGUCAACUAAGUUUCUUCACUCUCCACUUCAUAAUAUCAACUUCAUUCUAAACAAUUAGAAACAACAAAUUAUAUAUGUCUCCACAAACAUAAAGAAUAUUAAUUAUUUAAGGAAGAUAUAUUAUUUAGAGUAUUAAAUAUACCGAGAAAGUAAUUAUAUGUGUGUGGGCGGGUUUACCUAAACCCAAACCCAACCCGACCCGGUGAAUAGUGUAGCGGGUUUAAACCCGAACCAGGCCCAAAACCCGUCAACACGGGUUUCACCCGCGUUGACCGGGUUGGGUCGGGUGGGUACCCGUGGGUUCGGGUUUUGUUGCCAUCCCUAGUUGGAAGUGAUGUUAUCUGGUGGAAGAUUUUUUGGAAAGGAAAGGGGAUUCCUAAAAAUAGAAUCCUCACUUGGCUAGUUUUGAGAAAUAGUAUUCAUACAAAAGCUAAAAUGCAGGGCUGGGGGUAUGCAGGAGAUAUGAAGUGCUGUCUUUGUGAUUCUGGGUUGAAGGACAGAGAUCAUCUGUUCGUUCACUGUAGGGUAUCCAGACAGGUCCAUGUCUCAUUGUUUGGAAGGGUGUUGUACAUUCCUCAUGUGCAGAGAUGGACUGAGGAGGUGACUUGGGCUGUUUUGAAGUUCAAAGCGCAAACUGAGCUGGCGGAGGUAGGCAGGGUUGUUUGGCAGAGUUGGGUUAGCAACAUUUGGAGAGAGAGAUGCCGUCGCUUGUAUGCUGGUAAGGCACUUGCUGUUAACUUGUUGCUGAAGUUGAUCAAGAGUGAAGUGGAAUGUUUUCUGGGAAGUCAUAGGGUUGCUCAUUUUUGGGGGUAGGGUUGUCUCAGUGGUUUAGUUUAUUUUUAGUGUCUUUGUACUUAGUGCAUAUAUAUUGAAACUUCACCUAGCUAGCAAGGUUGUUGCUAGCGCUUCUUUUUUAUUAAAUGAAAUCCAUCGAUUCAUCAAAAAAAAAGGGACGAGAAAAUGAGGUGAGCAGGUUUCGAACCCUCGUUGGGUUAAACGAGUCGUUCGUAAAUGGAAACUUAGCCAGUUGGGCUACUUGGCCAUCACGCCUUAAUUUAACCAUCUUAGUUAUUUUUAUUUCGUUUUAAAAUCCUUAAUACAAGAUGUUGAAUGCGAAUUAAGUUUAUCUUGUUUCUUUUCUAAUACAUCAAAAUACUUCCUAAUAACUAAAAUCCUUGCAUUUAUUGUCAUAACCUCAUAAUAAUCUAUGUAAAUUUUAUUAACAAAAUCUUUAAUACAAAAAUUACGUUCAGUGGAACGUGGUAAAAGUUAUAAUUAAAAUUAUCAAAGUUCCCAACGAACUACGUGGACUUUGAUCCCGUCUAACGGGUACGUAGGCAGCCGAUAAGGUUCGAGUCCAACUAACCAAUUAAUUCUAUCUUUAAAUUUUUACGUUAGUGGGCGUAUAAUUAAAUUACAACUAAUGCGAUAAAAUCAUUAAAUGGUCCAGUGGGACCUAAAAUUACUAAAAUAUUACUAAAAUACACCCAACUCGUAUAAAAACUUAUCGACUUAAGUAGUACCGAUUUAGGGCGUUGUGGGGUGUUGCUUAACUUCCCCACACGUAACCGUACUCCCAAACCCAGAACUUUAUGUUCGCAGAUCAUAUCUCAGGUCGGAUCCUAAGGUCGGAGCCGAUUCGAGGAGUGUUCGAUUCACUCCAAGCAUGAUCGAUGGCGACUCCCAAAAAAUGCCGACGCGACGACAACGGACCCCCGGGGGGACGGUUGCGACACUAAUCAUUAGACUUAGUAGUCAUUAGAAACUCCGGGGGGUUGGUCAACUGGUAAUAUGGAGGGAUAAUAUUCAUGAUAUAAUGGGUUUGAAAUUUAUGGUCAACAAUCAUCUAAUGUUAAUAAUUAAGAAGGUAUAAAUCAUCAAAGAGUACAUGAACAUAACCUAUGUCUAAUAAAGGCUCAUUGAUCAAGUUGUGAUGUAGAUAGAAAAUACUAUUGAAAUAAUCAAAGAUGCUUUGAUGGAAGAGGAAAUGUAUCAAAAAUCAUAGUAAUAAUCCGAUGUAUUCACUGUAAGCUGGGCUUACCAUGCCUUUAGAGUGGUGGAGAGGAAUCGACUUGGAUCUUCUGAUCCUAACCCCCCAAUAGGAAAGUUUUGGAUGGUAUUGCCAUUUCUCAUUUAUGUUCAUCAACGAUUGUAGCAGAAGUUAAAGCCUUAUUGACGUGUUUGAAUUUUGCCGAGAACGCGUGCCUAGAGCUAUCAUCUUCUCUGGCUACCAAGUGGUGGUUAAUGUCCUACAAUCUCCAGACAAAGCUUUAUCUUUGGAUUCAGAUCAUUGAUUUUAUUUCACAAUUCUUUUGUAAUAUGUCUACCUCGUACAUUGAUACCAUAUAUGAAAAUUUCAAAUUUUGCAUUUUCGAUUUUUUUUCAAGCAUAAAAACAUGUCAUGGUU